CUCUCUCUCUCUCUCUCUCUCUCUCUCUCUCUCUCUCUCUCUCUCUCUCUCUCUCUCUCUCUCUCUCUCUCUCUCUAUGGACUGUACGAUCAACAAUCAUCUGCCUGUCUGUCCUGAACACCUGCACCAGGGAUACAGUUUGAAAUUACAAAUGAAAUCUACAGAAGUGGAUCCGGGGUUAUUCACUGAUAGCUACUGCAAAGUGUGCAGUGCUCAGCUUAUCUCUGAGUCACAGAGAGUCGCCCACUAUGAGAGUCGAAAGCAUGCAAACAAAGUUCGUCUGUAUUACAUGUUACACCCAGUGGAUGGUGGCUGUCCUGCAAAGAAGCUUCGAACAGAUGAUGGCAGUGCAGAGGGAGACGUGGACAAGAACAAGUGCUGCACACUGUGCAAUAUGUCGUUCACUUCGGCGGUGGUGGCCCAGUCGCACUACCAGGGCAAGAUCCACGCCAAGAGACUCAGGCUACUGCUGGGGGAGCCACCUGCCAUCACAUCUAAAGGGGCGACAGCCAAUUCAGAGCUUAUGGUGACUGAAGACUCCCCGGGAAGUCCUUCCAUACAUGGCAGGCUCUCACACCGCUACUGCCAAAUGUGUAAGGCCUGGUUCAACAACCCUGGCAUGGCCAGACAGCACUACGACGGCAAGAAGCACAAAAAAAACGCAGCCCAAGCUAACCUCCUCGCACAGCUGGGUAAAAGUCUGGAGGAUGGAGAUGAAUUGAACGGCCUGAAGCGGAAUCACACAUGUGAGGUCUGCAGUGUUACACUCAACUCUGUGGCACAAUACCACGCACAUCUGCAGGGCUCCAAACACCAGAACAAUUUGAAGAAUAAUUGAAGUUUGAUGGAGCUCGAUUUCAUCUCUACUCCUGAAACUAUUUGAGGAAUCGUCUGUGGAAGUCAUGACAGUGAUGUCAGUUCAGAUUCUCUUGAUUUAUUGUGUUGUGACAGUGAUAUGGACACUACCAGUGCAGACAGAGACCACUGUGAUAAUGGAUUAUGGACCAGUGCAUUUUGCUAAAUUUGUACAUAAAAGAAAAGAAAAAACAUACACCCUGAACACUUUAAUGUAUAUAUUUAAGGCAUGUCAUCUGGACACAAUUAUGGCUUUCUUAAUUUAAUGUGGUGUGAUUAAAAAUAUUUUGAUUGUAAUUGUAUUCAUAUUUUAAUUUAAAUGUAUUUUUAUGUGUGUAAGAUUUGAAAAUUUUGUAUUAGAGUGAAAAUGUCAUUCAAAUGUGGUAUUUCUCUGUAGUCCACUAAAUAUGUAAGCAUUUGCUUGUUUUGUUUUGUACAUACAGUACAGUCUGAGGGAAUUGCUCUCAAAUGAUAUUGAAAUGAGACUUUGUCAACAUUUUGAACAUUUCUGAAUUUAAUCAGCAUACUAGUAAUUUGAUAACUUCAACAAGACUUUCUAGUGACGUGUCAUUCUAAAUGUUCAGCAAACACUUUUUCUACAUUAGCUGCUUUAUGAAUAGACAGAAAAUGAACUAUUUACUAUCUCUUGCAAUGACUGUAGAAGAAAGAAACCCAAGAGAUUACUAUAAGGAAGCAUUACUGAGAUGAAAGAUUAAUAGUCUGCUAUCAUGCUGUACUUUGCUGAAAUCGGGGUAAUUUCAGUACUUUUCACAAAGGACUGAACACUGAUUACCAUUUGUGCAUAUAAGCUUUGUGUUUCCAUUUAAAAAAGCCAAAAUAAUCUAAUUAUCCCCAAAAUUAUAAUGUCUUUUUAAAAUUAAGCUAAGAUGCUAGCAUUAUUUAUAAUUAAAAUAUUUUUUGUCUCUUAUAAAUGACAUAAAACAAUUCUGACACAAAUACGAUU